AUGAAAAGACACCAGAAGGAGAGCUCUGGGACUUUCUCAGGGAUCUCUGCCACAGCUGCCAGGGCUGAGAGGAGCAGCCACGAGCAUAUCCUGGUGCUUCUUGGCACACGCAAGAUCCCCACAAGCACUCCUGGCACAAGAGACAGCACCCCGCACACCACGCAGAGCAGGCUGAGUGCCAGUGGCCAGCAUCGGCUCUUUGCUGGCACUGCAGCAGGCACCAGCUGCGUGGCCGAGGGUAUAACUUGGGUGCUGGUAUACCGAACAGACAAAUACAAGAGAUUAAAGGCUGAAGUGGAAAAACAGAGCAAGAAAUUGGAAAAGAAGAAGGAAACGAUAACUGAAUCAGCAGGCCGACAGCAGAAAAAGAAAAUAGAGAGACAAGAAGAGAAACUGAAGAAUAACAACAGAGACUUGUCAAUGGUUCGGAUGAAAUCCAUGUUUGCCAUUGGCUUCUGCUUCACUGCCUUGAUGGGAAUGUUUAACUCCAUAUUUGAUGGCCGAGUGGUGGCAAAGCUUCCAUUUAUCCCCCUCUCGUAUAUCCAAGGUCUCUCCCACCGCAACCUUCUGGGUGAGGAUUACACUGACUGCUCCUUCAUCUUCCUCUACAUUCUCUGCACAAUGUCAAUCAGACAGAACAUCCAGAAGAUGCUCGGUCUUGCUCCUUCCCGGGCUGCCACCAAGCAAGCAGGGGGCUUCCUUGGCCCGCCACCUCAGGCAGGGAAGUUCUCCUAAAGCACAGUUACAGCCUUCAUGGAAGGUCUGACCAGUGCACGAGACUGCCUUUGGGAGGUCACAAGAUGGGAUUCUGCACCAGGCUUCACAUGUCCAAAAACAGCCUAUGCAGUAUUGGCCACAGUCUUGGAAACAUCUUCCAUUUGGAGUAUUCUACCAGCAGUUGUUUGCUCAUCAAACCAAGAAGGUUCUCAGAAGAUAACUUGACCUUUUGUUUCUGGUGUUUCUGAGAAAUAAAUGGCAUGGGCAUGUUUGUU